CAGGUCCCGGCGGGAGGGUCCCGUGGUUGCUGCUGCACCACAGGCAUUUGCGCUCCGGAGGCGCGAUGGGCAAAGUCAAGGCCCGGCGGUGGACCGCAGUAAAAGCGGUAGUCAACCUGGCCAUCCUCUUGCUCCAGUCCGAUUUCAACAGCUGUCAGAGCUUACCACCAUUUAUAGUUUGGGGAACCGUGAAUGGGAAUGUUAGUUUGUCUCCAUCAAAUAACCAAACCGUUUCGGAGAUCAUGUGGAAGAAAGGAAAGAAUAAAGUUAUCGAGUGGGAUUCAGACGGCGUCAAGUCUUACCCACCUUUUGACGGUAGGGUUCAUUUACACAACACCUCAGGGGACCUCCACAUCUCAAAUUUAACAUCAUCGGAUGAAGGCGAAUAUGAAGUUGAAAUGCUACCCUUUUUGAUUGGCAUGAAAUUUGACCUUACAGUCUUUGACCCUCUCCCAUCUCCGACAUUAAAAUGUGGCCUGGUUAAUGAGAGCAUUGAUGUCCUGUGUGAAGUCCCGGGAAAUUACAGCAGGCAUCGGGAACAAUUAACCUACUCCUGGCACUGCUCCUCACCGCAGUGUGGAGAAAGCACAACACCCACGUUGCAUCUGAAGAAGAACGAUGACCUUUCAGAGAAAGUACUCUGUUCUGUUGCAAAUCCUAUGUCUAACAGGACGUCCUCGAUAGUUCCGUCCACCUGUGUUCCACCUGGUGAGUGAACAGAUAACUGUCCGGUGCCAGCGAUGCUGAGUACCAGUGCGGUUCGUGAGCCAGGGGUGGUUUGGGGUUUUGCUCCACAGGUGUAGCGGCUACGUUUCACAAAUUUGAAAUGUAAAAUAAGUAAUUUUCAUGGGCGACCCGUUAGAGAUAGACAGCUAACAACAUGCUUAGCACUUGCUGGGCAAGCCCCAUUCUAAUGCCGGUGCCGAUUCUCACACAGCCCAGGGAGUUGGAUACUAGUAAUUAUUCUUAUUUUAUGGGGAGAAACCAAGACACAGGGAGUUUGGGCUGUCUGCCCAAGGUCAACAGCUAGUAAGUAGCAGAGUCUGGUUUUGGACCUGGGCCAUCUGGCUCCACAGCUCCUGUUCUUAGCUACUUACGAUACUGCUUCGCAGCAUUCUUACUAACAGUUAUGUCUGUACACGAGCUGCAAGAUUAUGUAUUUGAUACACCUGAUAUGCCUGUCUGGGCCAGUGACUUUCAUCCAGCAUGCUGUGAGAAUUCUUAAAACACUCAGUACCUGAAUAUUUAGUCACGGGCACUGGCCUUUUUGCCUUAGAUUGUCAAAUGAAAAAAUGAUAACAGCCAACACAAUAGCCAUCCAGUGUCAAUGAAUAAAAAUUAUGCCUAAAUUUUCU